CUUACGUCGUGUAAAGUCGACGUGAUAUAAACGCCUGUCAAUCCCUCGUGUUCUAUUCAUGAAUUAUUAUAAUAUAAAGUAAACGUUUCAACCCUCAUAUACAAAUGAUAUGUAUACGGUUGAAAUACGAAGAGCAACAAAUUUUUUUUUUCAAAUCGAGCUUGUGCAAGUAACAGGAAAGUUGAAUGAUCUCCGGCAGGAAUAAGAAUAGAAAAGAAAAAACCGUUUUCAAGAUAAUCUGCAGUGCAUAAUCCAGUGCAAUAUGGUGAUGGAAUAACCAGUGCAAGGGGUGUUGGUAAGAUGAGAAUUAAUCGCUGCAGUGACCGAUUAAACUAGCAAUCAAAUUGAUAUCGAUUAUGUGUAUAUGAGCAGGUAUGUAUAAGUGUCCAGUGCCAACGAUUUGAGAUAUAUAAGGUACCUAUAACAGUGAAAUGAUAUAUGAAGAAGACAUAAGGGAAUCAAACCGCGGUAUAUACACUCAUAAUAACACAAAGGAAUAUUAAAAAAACCAAAACUUACAAUAAUUAUUGCGACCGCAAUGGAUGAUCGUCCGAUUGAGGAAACUGAGGUGGAUGUCGGUUCGGCCAGUGAUGAAUUCGAGUCAACGUCGCCAAUCGCAGAAUCUCGGAUAAGGCCGGUCCCUAAGCCUUUUACGAUCGAGAGUUUGAUCGGUACGAAGAACGAUCACGGUAUAACUUCAAUAUCCCAUAAAAAUCGGCAUAUAUCAGAAUUGGGGGACGUAGUGAGUGGAAACCCGGAACUGGACGCGCACCUAGACAACAGAGAACGAGAGUUAAUCUAUCAACAGAGGUGUCUCGCGACGGCCGCGAACGCCUUGCCAGGAUUCGCGAUGCCUUUGAGUCUUUACGGCGGUUGGUUGCCCAUGCGAAUGUACGGAGGUGGCGCAGCGGCUACGGGAAGUUCAAUUCUGCCCCCUUUGCACCUUUCGGCGACAUUUUCGUCCCAGCCGAAUACCCUGCACCAGAAUCAGCUGCAGGCGAACUUGAACCUCAACCUGAACCUCAGCCAUCUGCACCAGAGCAGCGGUUACAGCGAUUACAGUCAACACGCGAAUCGACCUCUUCAUUCCGCAGGUAGGAAUUACAUUUUGACCGACGAGAGCGACGACGACUGCAGAAGUCUUUCACCUGCAGCAUCACCGGCUCUCCACGAUCAUCCAUCGACAUCACUGCUGCACCUAGAAUCGGAGAGCGGUCGCGUAUCGGGCGACAGCGAAGAGGAUGUCGAGGGCGAAGUUGACGGGGACGGCGAUGUCGAAGGAGACGGUGUUCCCGGAUCGGAUGGUCCCAGUUCCGGACUGGGAAGCGGAGGUGGAGAUCGAGGGAGUUCGAGCAGCGGUAACAGCGGUAGCAAGGCCCGUCGUCGUCGAACAGCGUUCACGUCUGAGCAACUCCUUGAAUUGGAGCGUGAAUUUCACGCAAAAAAGUACCUGAGUUUAACGGAGAGAUCGCACAUCGCUCACGCUCUGAAGCUGUCCGAAGUCCAGGUGAAAAUCUGGUUCCAAAAUCGACGAGCGAAAUGGAAGAGGGUGAAGGCCGGGCUCACAACGAGCGGUGCAGGUGGUUCAGCCGGUCGUCAUCCGGGAGGUCAACAUUCGGGAAACGGACCUAGAAUAGUUGUUCCGAUUCCGGUUCACGUUAGCCGACUCGCCGUUCGAUCGCAUCAUCAUCACAUGGAAAAAUGUUCGCAACCUGUGGGAGGCCAAUCUUCUGGUUUUGGUCAUGGAUUGGUUGGUAAUGGUUUGACGAACUGCGCAACCAGUCGUAGAAUGAACGGUGCGGGUGGUAUCGGUGCUGUUGGAGGUCAUACGGGAAACACGACUUCUUUAGGUACCUUGCAGAAUUCCUCGACUCCUGGAGGACUCAGAAUUUUCUCCGGUGGGCAACAACAACCGUCGCAGCAGCAGCACGGAGAACCUUCGGCUAGGUAGUUUCUGUAAAAUGAUAAAUUUAAAUAAUAAUCACCUCAGUUGUUGAUAAAAUUUGAUCAAUCGAUUUCUAUAUAACGUUCGUUCAAUUUUUCUAUAAAAUUAUAUGCAUAUAAAUAUAUAUAUAUAUAAACAUAAUGUAAAAAAAUAAUUGUACAUAUGAACAAAUAAACCCGCGGUAUGGGUACCAAAUCUCCGAUACUUGUAUAAUAAUAUGUUGAGCCAACUGUAUGGGGAAUUAACCGAUGAACAAAGGAAAGAACAUAAAUGUAUUCAAAGGAAGACGCACCCAGAGAUCAUUCGUAUAGCCGAUAAAAAUCUUUUGUAAGCGGAUUUAGGAAAAUACCAAUUUAGAUAUUAUACCUAGCUACCUCGAGUAUAUGGGUAAGUAACUUAUUGUUAAUCUGAAACGUCGGAAUCAAAAAAACCCUUCACAGCUUCACGACGUCUCCACACUCGGAAAUUUUUUUCAUGUAAUCUACUCAAAAAUCGUACUCAACGUGUAUAUCAAAAAACCCUUCCUAUAUGUUACAUGAGUAUAGUCCCUCCAAACAAUUGAUCUAUUCCUAUAUCAUGAGUUCUGGUUACUGGAAUGAUAACAUAUUAUUUCCAUUAUAUUGAUACUACGAGAUGAUCCAUAAUCUUUUCUUUGUACCAUCGAUUCAAUAUAGUAUACACUUGAAUUGAACCACGAAUUUUCUUCAUCGAGAUAUCUAUAUUUUUCUUCUCCGGAAAGUGAAAAAUUGGCGAUAACUCGAUCAAUUUAAUAGAUAAAUCCAUUUGGAUUGAGGAUUGGAAUUCCUGAGAUCAAAAUACAUAAGAAUACA